GUGGGUAAAAAAGAAUAGCUACAGAAAGGCCAAAGAAGCUUCUUUUCUGCAUCAAAAAAAUCCAAACCCUCGGAGCUUAACAGAGUGUUCAUCCCCACUCUUCUCUCUGUGUGUCUCUGUUGAAACAAUCAAACCCAUUUUCCCCUUCUUCAUAUUCGUAUACUUUCUCAGGCUUUUCCUCGAGUUAUAUUUUGGUUUCUUGCAUUGUGUAAGUUUGAUGUCUAUACCACUGGAACAUAAUUAUAUAGGCUUAACAGAGACUUCUUCAAUGGAAAGAAGCUCUGACAAGCUUUCAUCUUCUACUUCCUCUACCCUCUCCAGUGAGGAUGGGAAGACCUCUGCUCUCAACCUCAAGCAGACUGAGCUCAGGCUUGGUUUGCCUGGGUCUGAAUCCCCAGAGAGAAAUUCAGGACCUGGGGUCUCUCUUUUUGGCAAAGAAUUGGAGGAUAAGAAUAAUGGGUAUUCUCCAAGCCCUCUAAAGAACCUUGUCUCUGGGGCUAAGAGGGGUUUCUCUGAUGCCAUUGAUGGGUCUGAUAAAUGGGUUUUCUCUCUCAGUAAUGGAUCUGAGGCUGAUUUGUUCUCUCCUGGAGGUGGGAAUGGUGGGAAGCCCAGUACCCAAUACUCAUGUCUGUCUGCAACACCAAACAUGAAGGAGGCUGCCUCUGUUCCUCAAUCUCCAAAACCACUUCAGGAGAAGAAGCCUCAGGUUCCUGCUGCAAAUGAACAGGGUAGUGCUCCUGCUGCAAAGGCACAGGUAGUAGGAUGGCCACCAAUUCGAUCAUUCCGAAAGAACACCAUGACCUCGAAUUUGGCAAAAAAUAGUGAUGCUGAAGGCAAAACUGGAUUUGGAUGUCUUUAUGUAAAAGUUAGCAUGGAUGGUGCUCCAUACCUAAGGAAGGUUGAUCUCAAAAUCUACAACAAUUAUGUGGAAAUCUCAUCAGCUCUCGAGAAGAUGUUCAGCUGCUUUACCAUUGGGCAGUGCAGUUCUCAUGGACUUCCAGGACGAGAUGGCCUGAACGAGAGUCGCUUGAAGGACCUUCUCCAUGGUUCUGAAUAUGUGCUGACAUAUGAGGACAAGGAUGGUGAUUGGAUGCUUGUUGGUGAUGUCCCCUGGGAAAUGUUCACCAACUCCUGUAGGAGGCUGAGGAUCAUGAAAGGUUCAGAGGCAAUUGGGUUAGCGCCAAGGGCCAUGGAGAAGUGCAAGAGCCGUAGCUGAUGUGAAAGGGAGGCAUUCAAAGCUUUGGAAGAAUUUUUACCUUGGUGUUUUGUUAUAGAGUCCUAUAUGUGUACUUGUGUAGUUAAUAGAUUGGAAAAUUUUCCAGUAAGGUAGAAGAUUUCCACUGGAGACAUCCAGAUUAUUCUAUAUUUUUAUCUUGUUUUCUCUAUUAUGUAUCGCUGAAUUCCAAUUGCUGUGUAAAUGGGUUGCUUGAUGUUUGUA